GAUGCAAUUAAUCAUGAAAUGAACGAUGAUAAGAUAUUUAUUGUUCAAGCCCAUUAUUUGUGUAGCUACUGCCCAUGAAACUGAUUAUCCACAUGAAUGGGAGCAGACAAUUGGUAAAUGACUGCAAUAUGACUUAUGAAUUGCAUUCCUUCAAUUAAUUGGAAUGGAAUGUAGAAAUUCGUUCGCAUGUGUUUUAUAUUGAUGAGUGUGUAGUUGAAGGAACUAAAUAGGAAGUACCCUUGUUCUAAUUAUCAAGGAGACAAUGAAUCAGAUGUCACAUAUUAAAAGUCACUACCCUACCAACCCAAAAGGCAUUGUAUCUUUCCUCCAUCUCUCCUAACACUUCAACAAGCUACGUCGCAAAUCUCUUUCAUAAAUUAUUCUGUCGAACACUUCCCAGUUAUUUAAGACACCUCCAAAUCCCACCUAUUUCAAUGCAAGAACUUCAGCUUAAAACCCCCCUUGAUUGCUUCACCUGCUGUGCCCAACACCCCCUUCUCUCUCUUCUCUCCUUUAACUUGAGUGCGAAGCAUAAUACCACUUUAAUCACUAGGAAUUUCUUUUAUAUUCGCUAUAAUCCUUCCUAAAGAUCAGAUUGUUAAGUCCUCCAAUUGCCUCAGCCUCUCCAAAUCUGAAAUCACUGAAAACCAACAGCAUCCUUGGCCUUCCAAUCAGAGAAUGGGACGACACCCGUGCUGCGCCAAGCAGAAGGUAAGGAAAGGCCUGUGGUCACCUGAAGAAGAUGAGAAGCUCUACAACCAUAUCACUAGAUUUGGCAUUGGCUGUUGGAGCUCUGUGCCCAAACAAGCAGGAUUGGAAAGAUGCGGGAAGAGCUGUAGACUGAGGUGGAUAAAUUACCUGAGGCCAGGCCUUAAGAGAGGAAACUUCUCACCGCAGGAGGAGGAUUUGAUCGUGAGCCUGCAUGAGAUUUUAGGCAACAGGUGGUCUCAAAUUGCAGCACAAUUGCCAGGGCGAACAGACAAUGAGAUCAAGAACUUGUGGAAUUCAAGCCUAAAGAAGAAGCUCAAGCAGAGGGGGAUCAACCCGAUCGCCCACAAGCAGUUAAGGGAGACAGGAGCACAAGAAGAGAUGCCGAGGCCCGACGUGAAGCCCAUCUUCGAUCCCUUCCCCUCAUCUGAAUACCAAGCAGCUAUGGAUCCAAUUGGGACCAAUGCAAACUUCUACCACCAACUCCAACAAACUUACAGACCUCUAGAGCUGAAUGAAUUCAUGGCGAAAUUUGAUGACAGUUUGGUUUCAAGUUCGAACUCAGGGUACUGGAAUUAUGGUGAAGCAUUAUACGUUUCAGACACUCAUGCCAUCCAAGAGAGUUUGAACAGUGGUAUCAAUUGGAACUGCAAUAGAGCUGCUCAGAUGAGCAGCAUGCUAGGAAACGAGGUCCUGAAUUGGUCUUCUUUUGAGAUUAAGUUGGAAUCACCACUUCAGACAGAGAUCAAAACAUAUGAGCAGAGGCUGAAUCCAUGUCAAGGACUUCAACGUGUGGAGAGUUCAGAAGAAUUCAGUAGCUGCCUAACGACAUCGCUGUCGCGAGAUCUAUCUGAUGCAUGCCUUGAUGUUUCUCAAGAUGAACUGGCUUGUGAACUGAAUCGGGAUUUUCCUAGUUUUUGACACUCCCUUCCCCUCCCCUCAUCGGUCAUAGAUGUCGAUAGAAGAACGUAUGGAGAACAACUGGUGGAGAACUUUAUGGGUCACAAAAAUUGUACGAAUGGUGUAUUUACAGAGGUGUGUGAUUUCAAAAGCAUUGUUAUUUUGUAAUAAGUGGGUGUGCUAGCUGGGUUUGCUGAAAGUGCACCCUCUCGUCCUUUUUUGUCACAUACUUUUUGUUGAAAUAAAAGGCUACGUGGAUUGAUAUAUUAACAUCAUCA